UCUCAGGAAAACAAUUUUCUAAACCAAACGAGAACAGUACAAAUUGCAUUGGAGCAGGAGGAGUUGGUUAUGGCCGCUCCGUUGCAGCCUGCUGGUGGGCAUGCCGAGCCGACAGUAUCAUUUGCCUGUAGUUGUGCAACGAACGCCCCGCUGACCCACCUGUUUCUCUGUCAGCAUUGCAUAAAGCUACGCUGUGCACGAUGUGUAUCUCACGAGAUCGAAUCGUAUUACUGCCCGUACUGUCUGGAAACGAUGUCCUCUGCAGAGGCUAAAGUGAAAAAGAACAGGUGUGGAAAUUGCUGUGAUUGCCCUUGUUGUGGGCAUACGUUGUCAGUGAUGACCUCAUCACAGCAGCAAGCGGAUGCUGAUGCCAGUGCAAGUUCUGCUACUUCCACUGGCACAUCACCGGGCCAAGGCAAGAAAGUCUACUAUUUGCGCUGCAGCGUAUGCCGGUGGAGCUCACGGGACAUUGACUGCGCUGACAAGGACUCAGCCGGUGGUGGGUACCCUAUCGAGGAGAGUCCAGCUGCUGAUAGCGUGAAAAAGCUUAUCGACGUGUAUCUUCGCAUUGCCAACACGGAGAAAGCGGAAAGGGAUCAGAAGACGGCAUCACGCCGGCGAAGUCUAAUGACGUACACGGCGUCCUUGGAUCAGCGCCUUAUGGCGAUGCGGACGUCUACACCACAGUCUCGCCUUUCUGUUCUACCUUCUGUAGAUUCGGGAGUGGCCGCUCCAGUCGGAUCGACGGACACGGUGCGGGAGGAGUUGGCCAAGGUUGCCAGUGUUGCUACGUCUGACAUUGAGCCGCUUCCACAGUCCUACUACAACGAUCCACUGCGGCUAGAUACGGUUGCCACCCUGGAGCAGCGCUUGUCUGACACGUCCUUCCAAUCACCAUGUGCAAGUGUACGGACUGCAGAGCUGGAAGGGACAUGCAUGGCCGGUCAGCGACGCCUGGUUCCGCAGCACAAGUUCCUUUGCACCAGGAGGCUGCAACGGUGCAAGCAAUGUGAACAUAUCUUGAACAAGCCAGACAACAACCCGUCGUCCAUAAAGACUCGACUGCAGCUAAUAGCUUUACAUUAUAUGCCCAAUUUUCGGAUAGCUGUCCUGCCAGAGUUCAAGUGUCAGCAGUGGUCCAAGGCUGUUCUCACCAUCGUCAAUCCGCUGAACGACAAUGUAGCGUUCACAUUAUCCAACCUUCCUGAAGCAGAUGCUAGUGAAGAACCAUCAAUAACCGCGGAUAUCGAACUUCCGACCAGCCAGCUUACAGUGCUGGCACGUGAUGACACGAGUGAAUAUGAUGACACGGACGCGGAGCAGUUUCAGGACGACGCAAGCGUGGUACACCGGCGCAAGGCCAAUAGGCUAUCAUUUUACGUUAAGAUCCGCCCGAUGAAGGCCGUAGGCCCGGUUCAGGUGUCCUUCUUGCUGUGCUUCAAGUACACCAGUGCGGUCCAGAAAGGCUCACAGCCGGUGCACCUCCGUCAACGAGUCAAUUUGGACCUGGGCAAGAUGAAGGAGCUCCACACUGUCACCAAAUCCUCGUAACGAAACUUCUCGCGCGUCUAUGCGAUCAUAUUCCUCAUGCCGCACGUCCACUAGCAUAGAGUGGCUCGGUCUCUUUCCCAUUACAUUCACUUUAGUUUCCAUAGGAAUUUAGGGGAUCUUCCCUCGAACCAUGUACCCACUGUUGGAACCCAUGCACAUUCAAUAUUUUCUUACUUUUAUCAAUCAUCCCCAUGAAAAUUCUCAUGCUCACGAUAGUACCUGCAUGUCUGUGUGUUGUUUUCUAUGUGCCAAGCAUUAUCAUCUUGCUAUCUGUUUUUUUAGUGCCGAGUCACUCAGUAUGAUUAUGAUUCACUGCACUCAGUUAUGUUCUUGCCUCACUGUUCUAUAAAAUGUUAUUUAGAAAAGCGAUCCUGUCAGCUUUUCUAUUAUUGUGUUGUACAUUGUAUGUUACCUGUGUGCGCGUGUGGUUGGGUGCAUGCAUGCGUGUGUGUGUGUAUGUGGGUGCGUGCGUGCGUGCGUCUUCUAGCAGUUCUUGUGUUCAAAAUUUCAAAUCAUUGUAUUAUCAGCAGAGACAGUGCAACAAUCAGUAUAACAUUGUCAUGGGAACAAUAAUCUUUGAAACAUGAGGCCUCUGGAUUUGGUUGAUGGAUGAUGCUAUUGAUGAUGCUAUUGACAUUGUAUGAGAUUACCGAUAUCUUUGA